ACACCAAACCCACAAUGGGCGAGUGUCACUUACGGGAUCUGGAUUUGCUUGGAAUGUUCUGGAAAGCAUCGCGGACUCGGAGUUCACUUAAGCUUUGUACGUUCCAUUAACAUGGAUAAAUGGAAGGAGUUGGAGCUGGAGAAAAUGCGUGUGGGUGGGAACAAACCUGCGCGAGAGUUCUUUGAAAGUCAACCGGAUUGUAAUCCGUCGUGGACUUUGCAGGAGAAGUAUAACAGCCGUGCUGCAGCGCUUCUUCGCGACAAGGUUAGCUUUCGUGAAUCCCCUUUUUUGUGCAAGCUGUACUUUGCGCCCACUCAUGAUAUCUUUCAGUCGUGUGCCAAAUCUUGUUUUUGCUAUCCACUUUUUGUGGUUAACAGUGCAGUAAAGUAUGACAAAAAAGGGCACUAA